AUGACGUCCUCCCCCUCCGUCCUCGUCUUCGGCGUUGGCAGCGUCGGGGCCAUCUACCUCCACCAACUGCAACAAGCUGGCUGCAACGUCACCGCCGUCUGUCGCUCCAACUACGAUGUUGUCGCCCACCACGGCUUCACCCUGCGCAGUCCCCGCUUCGGCACCGUCACGUAUCGCCCCGACCACACUGUUCGCUCCGUGCACGACUGUCCCCGCGACAACGGAUACGACUAUGUCCUUGUCACGACCAAGGCUUUCCCCGGUCGGACGCCCUCCCUAGCGGACCAGCUUCGACCGGUCCUUGAAAACCGUCCAAACACAGCCAUUGUCCUGGCGCAGAAUGGCAUCGACAUCGAGAAAGAUAUCGCAGAGGCGUUUCCCUCCAAUCCAGUCAUCAGCGGGGUGGUAUACCUCCCUACCGUUCAGACAGAAGCUGGUGUGAUUGAUCAUGCGGAGCCCCUGGACCUCUUGGAACUAGGAACGUAUCCGGCGCGCGCGCCGGAAGGACAUAGACGGGCGGCGGAGAGAUUCGUCGAGUUAAUGAUAAAAGGAGGCGGGGAUGCGGUGCUGUUUGAGGAUAUACAAGAGGCGCGAUGGGCGAAAUUGUUGCUCAAUGCAGCAUGGAAUCCAAUCUGUGCGUUGUCAUUGUGCACGGAUGGCGGGUUCCUGUUGACCUCGGAGCCGUUUGCGCGUGAUUUGGCCUGGGGGAUUAUGAUGGAGAUUGUGGCAUUGGCGAGGGCGGUAGGGAUUGCGGGCGUGGAUGAGGAGGCGGCGAAGAAGAGAUUCGCAUUGGCGGAGAGAAGGGCUAAAGAGGGGACAGGAAGAGAAAUGAGUAUGCUGCAGGAUGUGAAGAUGGGGAGGCCAUUUGAGGUCGAAGCGAUCGUGGGGAAUGCAGUCAGACUGGGGAGGACAUGCGGGGUGUCAAUGCCCCGGUUGGAGACGGUGUAUGCAUUGGCCAAGGGGAGGCUAGAUGUGUUAAUGGGUGUGUAG